AUGACAGUAAUCCAUUUACUUCUCCUUCUUGUGCCUUUAUCAUCAUCAUCAACAACUACAAGUUUCGAACAAUUUGGUCUCAAAUUUUACUCAACUGUUAGUCAAAAUAAGAAGAAUGAAAAUAUAUUUCUUUCAUCAGCAAGUAUUUCUCUUGCAAUGUCAAUGUGUACAGUUGGUGCUCGACAAGAAACAUUAAAUCAAAUGUUAAAAACAUUUGAAGUAUCAUCUACAAAACAAUUAAUAAAAACAGCUGAACAAAUUAUGCAUAUCUUUUCUAUUGCUAAUCAAGAUAAACAAGUUCAAUUUAAAUUAGCUAAUCAUCUUUAUGCACAAAAAACAUAUCAACUUCAAGAAGAAUAUUUAAAAAUUGUUCAAAAUUCAUUUAAAACAGAUAUUAAACAGGAAGAUCUUUAG